AACCUAAAAUGUUCUUUGAAUUGUUGGGUCUAAACUUUUGGUGAACUUUGGGGAGCCAAAACACACCCAGACUGGCCGUCUCUGCAUAAUCCUUUCUGAACCCUUUAUCGAACAAAGCACUGACCUGCAAACUACUCAUGACACCCCCUUUAUUAAGUAGCCAUUAGCCUUUAUCUCUAUGCAUUUACUUGUUAAACUUGCUUUUCCUGUAAAAUAUUGAUUGAUUAUGCAUGACCAUUAUCUUUUGUUAAUCACUUUGUUUACUUCUGUGUAUAAAUAUUGAUGCUCACCCCUAAUAAAGGGGCCACACUUAAUCUAAAGCUUUGAGAGCUAAGGAUAGUGUGAGCCCGUUGAUCAACGCAUUGGUGUCUGGUCUCUGACAGAAUUGUGUGCCCCAUACCAACUCCGCACGAACUCGGGUGCUGGAGAGGUGAGUGAGGACUUGCUUUAUUACCUAACAAUUUGGGGGCUUGUCCGGGAUUCCUUCUGGUGCGGUACCUCUGUCCAGUGGUCAGACCACUCAUAUAUGAAUUGGCAAGGCGCCACAGGAGAUUUCUCCCAGCCAAUUCAAUAUUGAGGGGUCGUGUACUGGACAGCAGGGUAAACGCCAGUUGGAGGGCUCCUGUCAGACACCAUGGGUCAAGGGACUAGCGUGCCUCUUGAGAGUCCGUUGGGGAUUGUAAAUAAGUUAUGGAACGAAGGGAAACUCCCAGUACAGACAGGAAUGUCUAGGAAGAAGUUGUACACACUAUGUGUAAGGAAUUGGACUGGGUAUACCGCGGUAUUGGCCGACCCGGAGAUGAGGUGGCCUUCGUAUGGCUCUUUCGAACAGGCUGCCUUAAGAGGAGUAAAGAGCCAGAUCGAAAAAGACCAUCCGGGACAGUUAUGUUACUGGUUUUGUUGGGACACAGCAGCAGAGCUGUGGAAAUCUUUAAAAAUUAUGGCAGUCAAGUACUCUCCCGAGAGUGAACCCCCUCCAGGUUAUUUCGAUGAAGGGUGUAGACCACGGCGUGUUUUGACUCGUCAGCUGGUCCCCUCUGCACCUGCCCCUAUUCCUCCGCAGGGGAACUCUCUCCUUGUAGCAGAGGGGAAUCUGCAGGAUACCAGAUUGGAAUUUCUGCAGAAGGAUGAGGAGGAAAUGGAGGGGCAAACCUCGGGAGGAGUGGUUACUAGGCUAAUGUCCAAGCAGGUACGGCAGGGUGCAUGCCCCCCCCCUGAGGAUAGCCCAGAGGAUGUCCCCGUCAAAUCUCUUGCGAGUAAUAAAAGUAUAGUUAGAGAGAUGCCUUUACAGGUGCACGAUCAACCUUAUAUGGGCAAUGAUGGACGGUUACAACAUGCUAAUAUUGUGGAAUAUAAAGGAUGGCUAGAAUGGGACUUGAAAGAGUGGGGACAGUUGUCAGGGUCUUUUGGGGAAAAUCCCCGAAAGAUCAUAGAACUUCUAGAAAGAUUGUUUUUAAGUUAUAAUCCUACUUAUACGGAUGUGGAUCAGUUGUUAAGUAGAGUUUUGACCGGAGAGGAACGUAGUAGAUUGUGGAUGGCAGAAAGGACAUGGGGAGAUAGCAAUGCAGCUAAUCAUACUUGGAUGGAUAGGCGGGAUCUGGCCGCUGGCUGGAAUCCCCUAGACUGGACUCAGCCAAGGCUGACUCAGCUGCGAACAGAUCGAGAGCGAUUGUUAGAGAGACUCAAGGAAAUGGCUCGCCGCUCGCCUAAUCAGGCUAAGUUCAUGCAGAUUCGGCAGGAAUCUGAUGAGCCGCCCAGAAAGUUCUGGUCGAGGCUAUUGGAGGGGGCCCGAAUGUUCACUCAGAUGGAUCCUGAGAGAGAAGCAGACCACCCUACUCUUAUUUCAUUUUUUGUGAAUCAGUCGGUGCCCCCUGUAAGGGAUUACUUCUUAAAGUUUCGCCCUGGUUGGGGAGGUGAGUCAGUCACUUCAGUGUUGGACGUAGCUGAUUUUGCCUGGGAGAAAGAAAGGGAAAGUAGUAAAAAGAAAGAGAAAAAGGAAGAAUAUAAGCUGAUGGCUUUAGCUUUUCACGGCGGUGUUCAAGGCAAAGGCCGUGGCCGUGGCAGGGGAUUCCAGGGUGCUCGGGGAAGAGGGUCCUGGCGACCCCAGCCAUCAGGAAAUUGUUUUCAGUGCGGACAGUCCGGUCACUUUAAACGUGAAUGCCCCUGGGGACGCCCAGAGGGUCUGGUUGCAUCCGCAGAUGCUUACACAAGUGAGGAAUACACCCCUGCACCACCAGCUCAGCCCAUUCCCCAGGCCUGGAUCAACUACGGGAAACAGCAGCAGCCGCAGCACACUCAGCCUCCUCAAUGACGGUACCCCGGGGGCGAAGGCAAACAAUGUGAUGGUCUUAUUUCCUUAAUGUCUUUAGCCGGCUCCUUUCUCACUUUCUCGCCUCCCAGCAAAGAGCCUCGUUUAACCCUUUCAGUCCAGGGACUGCCUGUCUCUUUCCUCAUUGAUACUGGGGCUACUUUCUCUCUUUUAAAUCAUGCCCCCUCUCCCUGGCUAUCCUCUGAGGUUAAAACUGCGACUGGGGUGGAGGGCA